AUGGAGCCCAAUGCUGGAUUAAGAGCUACUACUACUGCCAAAAAUGCCACUCUAGUGAAAGCCAAGAUGCUAGCAGUAUUGCAAAGUGCACGAAAAACAAGACAGAUAUUUUUAAACAUUGCAAAUCAUCCAAAACAACUCUGUGGGCAGAUAUUUCCUAGGUUUUUAGUUUCCAAGAAACUUCAAGGGUCUUUUGCUUUUUGUUGUCUUUUACAUAGUCGACAGAGGUAUGUUCUUGGAGACACAGCGAUGCAGAAGAUGGCGAAGUCCCAUGUUUUCUUAAGUGGUAUGGGUGGUCUUGGUUUGGAAAUUGCAAAGAAUCUUGUUCUUGCAGGGAUUAAAGCACUUACUAUUCAUGAUUCGGAAAAAUGCCAAGCAUGGGAUCUAGGGACCAACUUCUUUCUCUGUGAAGAUGAUGUUGUUAGUGGGAGAAACAGGGCUGAAGCUGUGCUUCAUCACAUUGCAGAACUAAAUCCAUAUGUUCAUGUCUCAUCAUCAUCUGUUCCUUUCAAUGAAACCACAGAUCUCUCCUUUUUAGAACAAUACCAGUGUAUAGUAUUGACUGAGAUGAAACUUCCAUUACAGAAGAAGAUCAAUGACUUUUGCCAUUCCCGUCACCCUCCAAUUAAGUUCAUUAGUGCAGAUAUACAUGGAAUUUGGUCACGUUUAUUUUGUGAUUUCGGUGAUGAAUUUGAAGUCUCAGAUACAACAGGAGAAGAACCAAAAGAAAUUUUCAUUUCAAACAUAACGCAAGCUGAUCCUGGCAUUGUCACUUGCCUUGAAAAUCAUCCUCACAAACUUGAGACAGGACAGUUCCUAACAUUUCGAGAAAUUAAUGGAAUGACAGGUUUGAAUGGAUCUACGCAACAAAUAACUGUGGUAUCACCAUUUUCUUUUAGCAUUGGUGAUACUACAGAACUGGAACCAUACUUACAUGGAGGCAUAGCUGUACAAGUUAAGAUUCCUAAAACAUUUUGCUUUGAACGAUUGGAGACACAGAUAAAACAUCCAAAGUGCCUUAUUGCGGAUUUUAGCAAACCUGAGGCUCCUUUACAGAUUCACACAGCUAUGCUUGCUUUGGACCAGUUUCAGGAGAAAUAUAGUCGGAAGCCAAAUAUUGGAUGCCAACAAGAUUCAGAAGAGCUAAUGAAACUGGCGACAUCAGUAAGUGAAACCUUGGAAGAGAAGGUGAAUAUUCACAGCUAUUUCUGUUUAAACUGGGCGAGCCUAGAAUCUGAGUCCUCCCCAUCUCAGCCUCUUGUAUAGAUAGGA